GCCCAGGCUGGAGUGCAAUGGCGCCAUCUCGGCUCACCGCAACCUGGGCCUCCCGGGUUCAAGCAAUUCUUCUACCUCAGCCUCCCGAGUAGCUGGGAUUACAGGCGUCUACCACCACUCCCAGCUAAUUUUUGUAUUUUUAGUAGGGCGGGGUUUCACCAUGUUGGUCAGGCUGGUCUCGAACUCUUGACCUCAGGUGAUCCGCCCGCCUCGGCCUCCCAAAAUGCUGGGAUUACAGAUGUGAGCCACCAAGCCAGGCUUUUUUUUUUUUUUUUUUUUUUUUUUUUUUGAGACGGAGUCUCACUCUGUCGCCCAGGCUGGAGUGCAGUGGCACCAUGUCGGCUCACUGCAACCUCUGCCUCCCCGAUUCAAGCAAUUCUCCUGCCUCAGCUUUCCGAGUAGCUAAGAUUACAGGCGCCCGCCACCACGCCCGGCUAAUUUUUUGUAUUUUUAGUAGAGAUGGGGUUUCACCAUGUUGGACCAGGCUGGUCUCUAACUCCUGACCUCAGGUAAUCCGCCCGCUUCGGCCUCCCAAAGUGCUAAGAUUACAGACCUGAGCCACUUCGCCUGGCAGGGACCGUAUUUCAAGUCCUGCCCCCCCAACCAGCGCCUGCGCCCCGCAGCAGUGUCCGGUUCCCUGCCGACGCCCUGGAGCUGGGACGGCCUGGGGCGCUGGUCGGCCGCCUUCCCCCAGAAGGAGGCGUGAGCGGGGCGUGGCCGGAACGUCUCUCUUCGGGGCCGCGCCCCGGGCGGGCACAGUUACGCGCCGCACGGAUCAUGGCCGCAGCCGCUCUGGGGCAGAUCUGGGCACGAAAGCUUCUCUCUGUCCCUUGGCUUCUGUGUGGUCCCAGAAGAUAUGCCUCCUCCAGUUUCAAGGCUGCAGACCUGCAGCUGGAAAUGACACAGAAGCCUCAUAAGAAGCCUGGCCCCGGCGAGCCCCUGGUGUUUGGGAAGACAUUUACCGACCACAUGCUGAUGGUGGAAUGGAAUGACAAGGGCUGGGGCCAGCCCCGAAUCCAGCCCUUCCAGAACCUCACGCUGCACCCAGCCUCCUCCAGCCUCCACUACUCCCUGCAGCUGUUUGAGGGCAUGAAGGCGUUCAAAGGCAAAGACCAGCAGGUGCGCCUCUUCCGCCCCUGGCUCAACAUGGACCGGAUGCUGCGCUCAGCCACGCGCCUGUGCCUGCCGAGUUUCGACAAGCUGGAGUUGCUGGAGUGCAUCCGCCGGCUCAUCGAAGUGGACAAGGACUGGGUCCCCGAUGCCGCCGGCACCAGCCUCUAUGUGCGGCCUGUGCUCAUUGGGAACGAGCCCUCGCUGGGUGUCAGCCAGCCCACGCGCGCGCUCCUGUUCGUCAUUCUCUGCCCAGUGGGUGCCUACUUCCCUGGAGGCUCCGUGACCCCGGUCUCCCUCCUGGCCGACCCAGCCUUCAUCCGGGCCUGGGUGGGCGGGGUUGGCAACUACAAGUUAGGUGGGAAUUAUGGGCCCACCGUGUUAGUGCAACAGGAGGCACUCAAGCGGGGCUGUGAACAGGUCCUCUGGCUGUAUGGGCCCGACCACCAGCUCACCGAGGUGGGAACCAUGAACAUCUUUGUCUACUGGACCCACGAAGAUGGGGUGCUGGAGCUGGUGACGCCCCCGCUGAAUGGUGUUAUCCUGCCUGGAGUGGUCAGACAGAGUCUACUGGACAUGGCUCAGACCUGGGGUGAGUUCCGGGUGGUGGAGCGCACGAUCACCAUGAAGCAGUUGCUGCGGGCCCUGGAGGAGGGCCGCGUGCGGGAAGUCUUUGGCUCGGGCACCGCUUGCCAGGUCUGCCCAGUGCACCGAAUCCUGUACAAAGACAGGAACCUCCACAUUCCCACAAUGGAAAAUGGGCCUGAGCUGAUCCUCCGCUUCCAGAAGGAGCUGAAGGAGAUCCAGUACGGAAUCAGAGCCCACGAGUGGAUGUUCCCUGUGUGAAGCUGCAGGCUGUGCUCCAGAUCCACCGACCCGUAGCAUCUCGUCACGCCAGCACUCGCCUCCCUACCAAUGACUCACCUGAAGUGCAAUACGAAAUAAAAGGCCAGCGGGCGGCGUCUGGGUCUCUGGCGCCCCCAUGUGGUUGCGACACUCCCAAAGCCGUAAGGGCCGACCCAGGCAUCUUGGCCCCCAGCCCCUCGUCGCGGGUUCAGGUCCGCCCAUUACUCCUUGUCGUGAGGUCAAGGAUACACCUUGGCCCCGAUUCCGGAUCUCUCCGUUCUCAGGCCAGACCCCUGGUGCUGCCGUUGAUUUUUUUUUUCUCUGUCUUUGCUGCAAUUUUGAAAUAAAAUGCCAAAGAACACA